AUGCAGAAAUAUAUAUCCGUGAGCCCCAAUGACGAUGCCGCUGCCAAAACUAAAAGACCUCAACAUAAGAAAUACCGCUACGUACGUAAAGAGGGACACUGCAACGUGGUGUUCCGCCAUGUUCCCGAGGAGUGGAUGCUGUUUGUCACAGACAUCUUCACCACCUUGAUCGAGAUCCGAUGGAGGGUGAUGUUUCUGAUCUUCACUCUCUCUUACAUCCUGUCCUGGCUCUUCUUUGGCAUCAUCUACUGGGUCAUCGCUCUGGCUCACGGAGACAUCAGAGAUAUAUCCAACGAUCCCUGCGUGUACAACGUGCGAAGCUUCACCGCUGCGUUCCUCUUCUCGCUGGAAACUCAAACCACCAUCGGCUACGGCUACAGGGGCAUGUCCGAUAAUUGCAUGGUUGCCAUUAUACUGGUCGUAAUACAAGAUGUCGUCAGCUGCUUCAUCGACACCUUCAUCAUCGGAAUUGUUGUUGCCAAAAUGGCGUCGGCCAGAAAGAGAGCUCAGACGGUCGGCUUCAGCAACCGGGCAGUCAUCAACCUCCACAACGGUUACCUGUGUCUGUCCUGGCGAGUCGGGGACUUCCGGAGGAACCACCUGGUGGAGGGGACGGCGUGCGCGCAGAUCGUCCGCGCCACGGUGCACACCACGGGGAAAGUGGACGUGACCUACGAAGACCUGGUCAUCCAGCAGAGCGCCAUCGUCCUGGUCACGCCCACCACCAUCUUCCACAAGAUCGAAGCCGGCAGCCCGCUGUACAAGAUGAGCCUGGUGGAUCUGCGUAAAGCUGACUUUGAGCUGGUGGUUUCCUUCACCUACACGGACGACUCCACGGGUAUGCUGCACCAGAGCCGCACCUCCUACACGCCCCCGGAGAUCCUCUGGGGUCAUCUGUUCCAGGAGAUGAUCAGGGUGAGCAGGAGGAACUACAGAGUGGAUUACAUCCUGUUCAACCACACGGCCAAGGUGCUGGUGCCCGAGGUCAGCGCCGAAGAGUACGAACUGAAGAAGCAGCUGCGUCCCUCUCCUCGCCAUUCACCGCGACAUUCACCCAGAAUCUCCCCGAGGCCGUCGCCCAGGUCGCAGCGGAAGAAUCCGACAGUGACGGUGGAGCUGGUGAGCGACAGCCUCCCUGAACCGACCUCUUCACCUUCUCAGGCCGAGACUAAACCACUUCACCCUCACAGGGCGAGAAUAAACACUCUGACUUUGCCAAAUGACCUCAGCAGUAAUGAAGUGUAA